CAAGAUAUGGACUAUAUGAGAAUCUUUAGUGUUUUGGCUGUAGCAUUAUGGAUCAUGAGAGGGGUUGAUUCUAGGGUUUUCGGAGGACGAGGGAUCGAAAAAUAUGUUACUUUCGGCCAGAACUAUGUUGUUACGUGGGGACAAAGUCAUGUUUCCACACUCCACUCUGGCCAAGAAGUUGAUCUCUACAUGGAUCAAUCUUCAGGUGGUGGGUUUGAAUCCAAGGACAGCUACGGAUCAGGUCUCUUCCAAAUAAGAAUCAAAGUCCCCGGAGGAAACACUGGCGGCAUCGUCACCGCUUUUUACUUGACAUCGAAAGGAGGUGGUCACGACGAGAUUGACUUCGAGUUUCUUGGGAACAACUACGGUAAACCCGUAACGUUACAGACAAAUCUGUUUCUGAAUGGAGAAGGAAACAGAGAAGAAAGGUUUAAUCUUUGGUUCAAUCCAACUAAACACUACCACACUUAUGGGAUUCUUUGGAACCCUUACCAAAUUGUGUUUUACGUGGACAACAUCCCAAUAAGAGUAUACAAAAACGAAAGAGGCUUAAGCUAUCCAUCAAAGCCUAUGCAAGUCGAGGCUAGUCUAUGGAACGGUGACGCUUGGGCCACUGAUGGAGGUCGGACUAAGGUUAACUGGUCAUACUCUCCUUUCAUUGCCCAUUUCCAAGACUUCUCUCUAUCAGGCUGUAACAUAGAUGGUCGGAGUAAUAACGUCGGAGCUUGUGAAUCCUCUAACUACUGGUGGAAUACAGGCGAGUAUCAAAGAUUAAACGGACAUGAACAACAGAUGUAUGAGCAUUUCAGGAGCAAGUACAUGAACUAUGACUAUUGUACUGAUCGUUCUAAGUACCAAACUCCUCCUAGAGAAUGUUAUUACCACUGA